AUGUUAUUUAGGGAAUACACAGAAAACUUCAGGAAAAUACACCAGAUAAAGGUAGAAGAAAAUGAAGAAUACGGGCACGAGUACAACGUAUAUGAGGAAAUAAACCCCAGUAGAACAGGUACAUCGUGGAUUGAGGUUGAUUUAUGGGAGAACAGAAAUGAAUUGGGAAGAAGUGUUCAUUUAGAUGCCAAUGACGUACAGAAAAGGGGAUUUAUGGGAUAUUUGGAAUUGAAUAGGCAGAAACUGACUUUUGUAGACGAGAAAGAGACACUGAUACAGCUGGUGGAUCAGAAUAGGUUGGGUUGUAAGAAGAGUGUGGUAGAUAGAGUUAGAGUGGAUUUGAGUGGACUUAGGAAUGAUAGUGGAGUAAUAAAGUGCUAUACAAGGGAAGCAGUAAGCAGAAGAGUGGAUGAGAGCAUAGAAACAAAUGAAAUAACAAAUAGUGAGUUACAUAAGACGUAUAGGCAAAUAUACUACGAGAGGGAGAAUAAGAAUAGUGAAAUAGGAUCAGAGAGAUUCGUACACUACUCUAGGAUGAUAUUUGUACCAGAAUUGUUGCUGAAUGACUCCAAAUUCAUCAAGCAUAGAAUUGGUCUAUUUUUAUUAGGUCACAUUAAUUCAUGCAUAUUAUCAUCACAAAUUAUCCAAAUGAUACAUCACAAAAUCAACUUAUCAGAAACUAGAGGAGACCUGAAAGAAGUAUUCACAAAGGUAGUCAAUGGAAUCAAGAAGCAGACUGCUGAUAGCCACUCACUAGUUCUCUACAGAAUAUUGGCAACUGUAUUGGAUGAGGAUACUUCACUACCAGAAAUGGUCAACAGGAUUCUGUUACGAUAUUCCCAGACAAAUCACGCCUUGUUUUACGGCAAAUUGGUUUACUACACCAAAUUGGGAAUUGAAGUAGACAGGGAAGUCUACAUCAACUUCUGUAACACAAUUGAUGCUGGGAAAUAUACAGCACCGUGGUACUACGAGAUACUGAGUAGGAUGCUGGAAAUGUAUAGAAUAAGAAAGGAGCCAUCUUUCAAAAUGAGAAUAGGUGCCAUUGGACUCACUGAAACCACACAACCAAUCAAUGCUGAAAUCAGAAUAGCAGAGGCAAUUGAUUCAAUAGUAUUGAUCAGGGUAUCAACUGAGAAACUGUGCAAGUACUUCCAGAAAGACCUGAAACUGAUCAUCAAAUCGAGUGACUUCUCCAUCCAAAGUGUGAUCAGAAUAUUCUACGUUCUGACUCUCUCCAUUUUGGAUGAGUAUCCACACUACCGUCACCCAUUUCUGGAGUAUUUUGUGAUAUUGAUCAAACACAUUGAAGACUACUUCAUCACAAAGUACUUUGGUGCUGGACUGAUACUUGAUUCAAGGACUCUUCCCAUUUUAGAGAAGAUCUACGUAACACACCUGGAAAUCAACAAAUUGGUCAAAUUGGAAAAUAGCCGCCUUGAUGCCCUACUUGAUGAAGUAGCAGAGAAAUACACCAUCCAGGCCGAUGUAUCAGGGGUAUUCAAAGAUAGAAUCAACCAAUCAAAGAAUACGCCAUCCUAA